GAGAAAGUGAAAGUCUGAAAUCGCUUAUUCACUCCCAGCUCGACGAACUUCCGCACGUUACAGAGCCGCAGGAUUUGACGAAUUCGACGGAUUGAGCUGCUGAAGUCGGUGUAAAGUGUGUUUAGCAGCAUGUCUCGAGGCUCUAACGCAGGCUUUGAUCGACACAUCACCAUCUUCUCACCCGAGGGCCGCCUCUAUCAAGUCGAGUAUGCCUUCAAAGCCAUCAGUCAGAGCGGCCUGACCACGGUGGGCAUCAGAGGGACGGACUGCGCUGUGCUGGUCACACAGAAGAAAGUCUCGGACUCGCUCCUGGAUGCUUCUACGAUGACAAACAUGUUUCGUCUGACUCCACGGAUCGGAUGUGUUAUGACCGGACAUUACGCCGACAGCCGCUCUCAGGUGCACCGGGCUCGUGUGGAGGCGGCCGAGUGGAAGUAUAAGUUCGGGUAUGACAUCACCGCGGACAUGCUGUGCCGGCGCAUGGCGGACAUCUCUCAGGUCUACACACAGAAUGCUGAGAUGAGGCCGCUGGGCUGCUGCAUGAUGCUGAUCGCCAUGGACCCCCAGACGGGCCCCGUGCUGUACAAGUGUGACCCGGCCGGGUACUUCUGCGGCUUCAGGGCCACCAGCGUCGGGGUCAAACACCACGAGGCCAACAGCUACCUGGAGAAGAAGCUGAAGAAGCAGCCGGAGCUGCCCUACGACCGGACCGUGGAGAUGGCCAUCUCGUGUUUGUCUUCGGUUCUUUCUAUGGACUUCAAAUGCACUGAGCUGGAAGUGUCUGCCGUGACCAAAGAAAACCCCAAAUACAGGACUCUGUCAGAAGCAGAAAUCGAGCGUCAUCUGGUGGCGAUCGCGGAGAGGGAGUAACUGUCAGCUUUACCGUGUUUUUACCGUUUGCUCAUCAGUCUUGGUGUUUGGUGUGUGUUACUGAACCAGUCCUCCGUCUAUAAACCAGCAGACAGACCAGUCAUUAUCAAAUAAACCAACUUUUUGUAAGUCUGAA